AUGCGGCAGGAAGCGAAAUCGUCGCAGCCAACGCCACUCGGAAGUGCCAGAUACCCACUACGCGUCACGCCCACUGGGCCCCCUCCUCUGGACGCGCCGCCGCCCAGUGCGAUCCGGUGGGUGGACGAUGGCCGAAGAGGCAGAGAGGUGCAUCGCGGUGAGAACGAGUCCAAGGCUAGCUCACUGCCGCGCCAUCACACCGACGCGGAUGAGCAGGAUGCUGCGGUGAUGAAGCCGGCGGCGUCGCUCCGACCCCUUUUGUCGGCCAGGACACCUUCGCUGCAGCCGACUGGCAUGCUGCGGCGUGUCAUCGCAUCCGUUGCGUACUACCGCGGUGUUCCUCCGCCGCCGUCUGUCCCACCCGAGGUGAUUCUCGCUUUUGACGAGUACGUGUCGUGUGGGUCGGUGAUGCUGAAGUUUGCUUCCCGCGGCCCGCCUCACCAGCGCUUCUUUGUGAUCCGCUUCCUGGACGUCGUGGCGGGCUCGAUGCGGAUUGGCCGUGGGCGGGCAUAUUACCAGGGGCCGAGCAUUCUCCACGCGGUAUUGUCGUGGUACCGCAACGCGUCCAGUCGGCGCAUGAUUCGCUUCUUGCCGCUGCACGACUUGAUCGAGGUGAAGGCAGACGGGACAGAUCACCGGUACGUUUGCCGGCGAACGGUGCAGCCCGGCAUCUUACGUGGCCCACGCUCAGGACUCGUGACAAAGUACGUGCGCGCUGACUUCAUUGUGCAGUUUCGCUUCUGCUCACGCCUUUCGCGGGCAGAGGAAACACUGGCCCUUAUGGCGGAAAACCGCACCCAGUACUUGGCGUGGCUCGUGGUGGGCUCAUUCAUUAGCCAGAUCGGCGAAAAUUACUAG